ACAAAAUGAAUGGUAUGCAAUUUAUUAAUUUAUACAUUUUUGUUUGAGAUUAUUUUUCAAGGUAAUAAAGUGCAUACAUUUUCUGGGAGUCAAGAUUUAUAUGAUGUUCUUGUUUGCAUCUGAGAAAUCUGAAGAAAUUCUCAAGAUAACUGUAAUCUGUAUUUUAGCAGGAAUUUGGAUACUUGGUUUGAACUAUGUCCUUGGAUGUCUCUGUUUUUAACAUUCUUUGACCUAAUUGAACGAUGUGGCAGAAGAAUAAACAAUUUGAUUAACUGAGGCGAACAGAAAAUAGUCGGCUGUUCUUGUUAUCGAUUGUGUUGGAUUAGAAUUAUUUUUGCAUUAUAGGGGGUGUAACUUUGAGUGAUAGGAUGGAUAGAUAAAAAUAAUUCAAGCUAAGUCUCCCAUUGCUUUGAUGGAUUGGAUUAAUUUUGAACUCAUUUGACCAUCUUAUCCUUCAUAUACUCAAUCUCAUGUUUUAUCAAUCUAUUCUAUUACUCAAAUUAAACGCCCUGUAAUCAGACUUUGGAUUGUAUGGUGUUGCAGAUUAUUGAUUAGUAGAAGCAUAAAUAUGGAAGAGAAAAGUAGAAAAAGAGUAGAAGGAUUGGAUGAAUUGCCACCACCAGCAUAUUCAGUUGUUGCAGUGGCUAUAAGUGGAAGUAGAAAAACCAAACAUGUAAUCAGCUGGGCACUGGAUAAAUUUGUUCCAGAAGGAUUGGUUUACUUUAAGUUGCUGCAUGUCCGCCCUCUUGUAUCGAGUAUCCCAACACCAAUGGGUAAUUUUAUUCCAAUUUCUCAAGUUCGAGAUGAUGUAGCAGCUGCGUAUAAGAAGGAAAUGGAGUGGCAAACGGCUGAAAAGCUUCUUCCUUGCAAAAAAAUGUGUAGUCAAAGAAAGGUGCAAGUGGAAAUUGUACAGAUAGAGUCAGAUGAUGUUGUAACUGCAAUAUCUGGGGAAAUUCAGAAGCAUAAGAUCAAUAAACUUGUUAUUGGUGCUUCAUCUCGCAGUAUUUUUUCAAGGGCACGCACAUUGUCAUCAAAAAUAUCAGAAUGCUGUCCAACCUUUUGCACUGUAUAUGCUGUUUCCAAAGGAAAAUUAUCAUCACUUCGGCCGUCAGAUUCAGAAACAAACCAAAGCUUUAGAGAUGACAGUAGCGACACGAGUUCCGAUAAUUCUUCAAGCAUUAGUUCGAGCUCACAAACAGAUAUUGGACGGGACCAAGGGUCAUUUGCACAUUUCCGUUCUGCUUCACUGCCCAUGCAGCGUUUUCAAGCUCUAUCCACCAUUAAUCUGACUCUUCUUCAUAAAAGAAUGCCUUCAAGCGGAGUCAUGGAUCCUAGAAAUCUUUGUCUGGAUGCUGACGCAAGUAACAGGGAAAACAUUUUCUCUGGUGGUUUUGAUGUCAAGGUAAAAGCUUGUCAGGCCCCCUCCAGCUUCACAAGCUCAGUGGCGGAGAAUAAUUUAUUGUACCAUACAUCGACUUCUGAGGCCUCUACCAAGGAUCAGGAUGAUGUCAAUUUUGAGCUAGAAAAAUUGAGAAUCGAACUCAGACAUAUACGAGGAAUGUAUGCAAUGGCCCAAGGCGAGGCAAUUGAUGCUUCAAGAAAGUUAAAUGAACUUCAGAAACGUCAUCUAGAGGAGGAGAUUAAUCUCAGAAUGAUAAGUUUAAAGGAGGAAGAAGCCAAAGAGUUGGCCAGACUGGAGAAAAAGAGAUACGAAGAUGCUUCAAGAGAAGCUGAACUUGUCAAGGACUGUGCUAAAAGAGAAGCAGUGGAAAGAAAAGAAGCAGAGAUCCGAGUUUCUCGUCAAACCAAAGAAAAAGAAAAUCUUGAAAGCAUCUUGAAUGGCCAUUUCUAUCAGUACCGUCAGUUUACAUGGGAAGAAAUUAUAUCUGCAACGUCAUCAUUUUCUGAGGAUCUUAAAAUUGGAACGGGUGCAUAUGGAACUGUAUAUAAAUGCAGUUUUCAGCAUACAACUGCUGCUGUGAAAGUUCUCCAUGAUAAGGAAGGAAGCAGAGUAAAACAAUUUGAACAAGAGCUGAAAAUAUUGAGCAAAAUUCGCCAUCCGCACUUGCUGAUUCUUUUGGGUGCAUGCCCUGACCAAAGUUGCUUGGUAUACGAGUUCAUGGAGAAUGGUAGCCUUGAAGAUAGACUGUUCAGGAGAAACAAUACUCCUCCUGUUUUAUGGUUUGAUCGCGUCCGGAUUGCCUGGGAAGUAGCUUCAGCUCUUGUCUUCCUUCAUAAUUCGAAGCCCAGAGCAAUCAUACAUCGUGAUCUAAAGCCAGCAAACAUAUUGCUUGAUCGUAAUUAUGUGAGUAAAAUUGGAGAUGUUGGACUUUCAACUGUGGUUAGCGAAGAUUCUCUUCUAUUAUCCACAGCAUACAAGGACACAGCUCCAGUGGGUACAUUGUGCUAUAUCGACCCUGAGUAUCAAAGAACAGGAGUAGUCUGCCCUAAGUCGGAUGUUUAUGCCUUUGGGAUGGUUCUUUUGCAAUUGCUGACAGCAAAACCAGCAAUCGCCCUCGCUCACAAAGUGGAGAGUGCAGUGGGUGAAGAUCGAUUGUUGGAGUUACUAGACACAGAAUGUGGUGCAUGGCCCAUUGAAGAAGCAAAGGAUUUAGCUCUCAUUGCAUUGAAAUGCACUGAACUUAGACGAAGGGAUAGACCUGAUUUAGAAGAUGAAGUUCUUCCCGCUUUGGAGAAAUUGAAAGAUGUUGCUGAGAGAGCUCGAGAUACGGCAUUAGUUUCUGCACCACCACCUCCUAAACACUUUACAUGUCCCAUUCUCAGAGAAGUGAUGACUGAUCCUUGUGUUGCUGCGGAUGGCUAUACAUAUGACAGAAUGGCGAUUGAGGCGUGGCUUCUGGAGAAAGAUACGUCUCCUAUAACUGAAUUACCAUUGCCUCACAAGCACCUAAUUCCCAACUUCGCCCUUCUUUCUGCGAUUAUGGAAUGGAAAGCUAGGAAGCAAACAUAAUCCUGUUCAUUUUAUGAGUUCUGUGAAUGUGUUUUUAUAGGUUUAGAUGCUGAGUGUGAAGCAAACAGUGUAGGGAUAGAACAAACAGUCCCUUUUACGCAUGAGCAGGAAAAUGAAAAUGUAUUUUUCUAGAGUAUAUACAUAUAUGUGAAUGAUAUAGCGUGAACUUCAAGUGUAAAUAUGGAAUUGCAUAGCAAUUGGCUUAUAAUCUGAACCUAUAUUUGGUCUCUCAAA